UUUUUUUCUACUGGUUGAGCUUGACCAAUCACCCGCUUCUGGUCUGGUUUGUUGCGCUGUUGAGCGUCCGGAGCGCGUCUUUUUCUGCCUGCGACUUCUGGAGAGCGGAUCGCAGUUGGAGGAUCGCGGCCAGGAUGGCGCUGCGCUCUCUGUCGCUCCUGGUGUUGGUGGGGGUCGCCCUGCGGGAGAGCUGCCUCGGUGCCUCCUCACACUCCCUGAAGUAUUUCUCCACCGUCAUCUCAGAGCCCAGUCAGGGGCUGCCCCAUUUUGUCUCUCUGGGAUAUGUGGACGGUCAGGUCUUUGUUCACUACGACAGCAACAGCCGGAGGAUGGAGCCUCGAGUCUCCUGGAUGGAGAAGGUGGGGAAGGAGGAUCCCCAAUACUGGGAUUGGAACACCAAGGCAGCCCGUGGCAAUCAGGAGGAAUUCAGAGGAAACCUGGAGACUCUGAGGCUUCGCUACAAUCAGAGCGAAGGCCUUCACACAUUGCAGUUGAUGUAUGGCUGUGAGCUCCAGGCUGAUGGCAGCAAAAGAGGGUUUAUGCAGUAUGGAUACGAUGGGAGGACCUUCCUCGUCUUCGACAAGGAGACCCUCACCUGGGUGGCUCCCCAACCCCAGGCCCAGAUCACCCAGAGAAAAUGGGACGCUGAUCCAGGAUAUAAUCAGAGACACAAAACGUACCUGGAGGAAAUCUGCAUUGAAUGGCUGGAGAGGUAUCUGUCCUACGGGAAGGAGACGCUGCUGAGGACAGAGCCCCCAGAGGUGACCAUGAGCAGCAGGAUGGAAGUGGAGGAUGGGAUGGAGAUGCACGUCUGCCGCAUGCAUGGUUUCUACCCAAGGGAGAUCGAGGCCUCCUGGAUGAGGGACGGGGAGGUCUGGCUGCAGGAUACCCGACGUGGCUCCGUGGCCCCCAACGCGGAUGGGACCUUCCACUCCUGGUUCAGCAUCUGGAUCGAUCCCAAAGAGAGGGGCCGCUAUCGGUGCCACGUGGAGCACGACGGCCUGCCGGAGCCUCUGGACGUGGCUCUGAAGGAACCAAAAUCCAACCUGGGGCCCAUGAUCGGCCGAGUUGUGGCUGGCCUUGUCCUGCUGGGUGUGAUUGUUGGGAUCUGGUUUGUCAAGAGACGUCAUGGGGUCCUCAAGGAGAAACCUCUGGGACAAGGAACCCUCAAGAAGAUGAGAUGACCCAGCUGGUGGAAGGUCCCUCUGUCUGAGAAGCUGCUCUGUUUCCCAAGUGGGCGGAAAGGAAAGGUUCGGUGAAAUGAGAAUCAGAAGCUCCAUAAAAUUUGGGAUCAAAAGGGGGCAUUUUGAGAGACAAGGAGCUUUGGGGGAUACCAAAGCUGGAUCUCCUCUUGGUCUCCCAUCACAAGGCUCUCUGAGUAGGAACUGGUUGGAAAAAGAGACUUAGGAGCCAUGUGUAUCUUUUUAGGUCAGCUCUGCCCUCGGGCUCAAGAAUUGCUGAACUUUUGCUCUGUAUUAAUACACAUAUAAAUUUUAGGAAUUCUUUCCUGGGCCUUUUAGCCCAAGCAGUCUGGUUCAAACUCUCUCCACGUAUUUGUGUGUCUUUGAUUGUAUGUGUGGGAGAGAGGGAGGAAGUUGGAGUCAGAAAGAGCGGAGUUUCUCCAUCUAUCAGCCAAGAAAGCAACACUCGUCCUUUUCUUUUUCUUUUCUUUUCCUUUUCUUUCUUUUCCAGCAAGUGACAGAGGAUCCAGCCAGGGUGAGUCGGAGGGAGCUGCUGCUGCUGCUGUUUGAGCCAUUCUAUCCCUUUGCCAGACUUUGGGUGGGGGGGGGAGAGGAAAAGUGGGAGAGUCCCCCAGUUUUUAAAAGCCCCCCCUCCUCCCCCCAUUAAUUCAUCCUGCCUGUGUUCCCUCUGCGUCUGGGUCUGCUGAAAUAAUUAAAAUAGAGUCAGUUUGGUUUAGCGGUGAGGGCACCAAGUGAGACUUACUGGGAGAUGGUGAGUUCUAGUCCCACCUGCCAAGAGGAGAUCGGAAUCUUCCCUCUACAACGGGGAGGGAAAGAACAGAUUUCCUGAGGGUCCCGCAAUCCUGGAUGGAGAGGGGGCUUCUCUCCCCUCCUUGAGCCCAUCUGGGAAUCCCUCCUUCCAGAUGCUGAAGGGAGACCUGAACCCAUGAACCCUUUUGCCUUUGUCUCUGGAGGCAACGUGAACUUGAGUUGGAUUUGUGUAUUUGAGGGGAGGCAUGGAUACUUGUGGGGCAGGUUCUCGCCCACCUAGGAGCCAGUUCCCAGCCCUGCCCCUCCCCUCUUGUAAAUCCCACCCAGCUGAUCCCUCCCUUGAGGCUGCUGCUUCUGCUCCUUCCCUGGCUGAUCUUUGCUGAUUCCUCAGCCUGGACGGUGGGAUUCCUUCUCUGGGCUCCCUCCCAGACUCACCCUGCCUGCUUUUUCCCUCCUCUUUGCAGCCGGAGUGGACAGUCCCAGCAUGAGGAGGGAGGAGAGAAGAGGGGGUCGGCCUGCUUCUGAAUUAAGCCGGGUUUAGAGCGAAUGGGGUGAGGGACAGGAGGAAGAGUUGCUGGUUUUACUUUAAGGGAGGCUGAUCAGUUGUUAAAUGUUCCUCAUACUUCCCGGGAUUGAAAGGGGAGGGUUUUUUCUGUCUCUUGUGUUUUUUUUUUAUUAUUAUUAAAAGUUUUACAAAUUU